GAGAAUUCCCUCAAGCUCCGCUUUUGUUACUGAUGGUUGUCUGAUGCAGAUGCGGAAAAAAAAAGAACAGAGAGUGAGAAACAGCCUCAGUCUAAAGCCGGGACUAUAAACUGCCGAGGUCCUUUUGUUGUGUCGACAGUCUUGAAUGCUUGUCUGUCUUCAUACCUGCUGCACUGCUUUACCUGCUGUGUUGAGGGGAGGCUUGUGCUCAGAUCAGAAGAUUGCGAAGAGAGGGAGAGAGAGAGGCAGACAGAAGAAACUGAAGAGGCUGCUUCUUCUCGCACAAAGAAGGGGUCGCUUUCAUCUCCAGAGAUAAAGAGACGGGGAGAACAUUUCCUGUUCCCCCCGCCCCCGCCGAGGACUUCAGUUCGCCCUGGUGAAACUUGAGGACUUGGAAGUCUUGAAACCAGGAGAAUGACGAGGAGGCGAGUCCCAAGGAUGAGGCGCGAUUGAGGCGGUCUCCUGGCUCCCAGGGAGGCGAACAUGUCAGCAGGUUCCUGGAGGCACUAAACUUGAUCCCUGAAAAGCUGCACCCACCCACCAGCCCCCCCACAACGCCCAUCUUUUCCUGCACGCUGUCUGUAGCAGGCGGCAAGGGGGCUGGAAGAUCUUCGCUCUUUUUUUCUCUAAGCAAUAAAACUCCAGUCGAGGGAAAGAGACUCGGGGCUGCAGCUGAAACCGAGCGGGGGCUUGUGGCUGGGGUGAAGUGGUUGUGUUUGGUUACACAGUAGUACAGUAGUGACUAUUGCCUGCUCAAUUUCUGAGGGGUUGUUGGGGGUGGGGGAGCUCCACAUUUUUAACCACGUUACCGAUAAGUAUUGGGGCGUUCACUGGUCUCAGAGGCGGGUUUGGGAUGGGUCAAGCGUUGGAUAUAGAGCGACGAACCUACACAACUGAGAACAGGCUGAUUUCCGAACCGUAGUUUUGGUGACUUCAGCUCGACCUGCCUGUGGGACUCAGAAGUGAGCACAGAUAAAGGUGAAAAAAGGCGAUUUUUUUUUUGCUUCAGAGUCAACUGGUCACAAAAGAGCAGCUGAAAGGAGGCCAUUCUUUGCUAAUAGAUCAACUGGCCAACCCACCCGAGAAAGCUAUUGUGGCUUAGCCGGUCCCCUGUGUGUGCUGUCUUUUUUUUUAUAUCCCCUUUUUUUUAAAAAAAAGAAAUGGGGCAGUGGUACUUUCUGGAUGAACUGCCUGGCUGCUGUCUUGCAGUCCUUUCACGUGUGGAGUGAACCUGUUCACCGGUUGUCAUGCUGAAAGUGAGCGACAGACUUGGCCUCUGCACAACAUGCACCACUUGAAGGCUUGGAAUCAUUUCCAUUUACCUGCAAAAGGGAAUUGAAUUUUGCAGCGGGUGCCCGAUUCAUGUGACAUGGAUCAUUUUCUGAGGGGCUGCGCGUACUGAAGGGAGGCGAAAGAUGUUUGACCAGCUUUGGCCGGUUUGUCACAGUCUUCAACGCCGCGCCAGUAACCUGGGAGAAGGUCGGAUGGGAGCACUGAUUUAAAAAGCUGCCUUACUUGCCCUGCGACCUGGGGACUUGAGAUCUGCCUUUACACCUGGGGUUGCGAGCAGAACGUUGUGUGCGUCAUGGCUGGCGGCCGCUAUCCCACAGCCCCUGCACACCCCCGGGGCAGAAUGUACCAACACAAGGUCUCUCUGGUCGUGCGAUACUUCAUGAUCCCGUGCAACAUCUGCUUGAUCCUGUUGGCAACCUCGACACUCGGCUUCGCCGUCCUCCUCUUCCUCAACAAUUAUAAACCUGUGAUUAAGUUCACUCCAGCCCCUCCAACAUCACAGGAUGUGUGUAGAGGUGUUCUCUGUGGAUUUGGAGCCAUCUGUGAAAGAGAUCCCAACGAGCCAGCCAAGGGAGUGUGUGUCUGCAAGAAAGGCGCUUGCCCGUCUGUCAUUGCCCCAGUUUGUGGGUCGGAUUAUUCCACAUACAGUAAUGAGUGCGAGCUGGAUAUGGCCCAAUGCACUCAGCAGCGGAGGAUCAAGGUUAUUAGCAAAGGACUUUGCGGCUCGAAAGACCCCUGCAGCGAGGUGACCUGUGGGUACGGCAGCACCUGUAUCCAGUCGUCUGACGGCCAGUCUGCCAAGUGCGUCUGUCCCACCACGUGCAGCAGGGAACUGGAGAGGGUGGUCUGCGGCAGCGACGGCAAGGAUUAUAAAAACGAGUGCGAGCUCAACAAACAUGCCUGCGACAACCACAAAAACGUGUACAAGAAGUCCGAUGGGCCCUGUGACCCGUGCAAAGACGCUCAGAGUGAUCUGAAUAAGGCGUGUCGAGUGCAUCCGAGAGCUCGCAAACCCGAGGUGCUGCUGACACCGGAAAGCUGCCCGCCGGACUACGAGCCGGUCUGCUCGGAUGAUGGGCAGACCUACAACAACAAGUGUACCAUGGAGAGAGUGGGAGCUAUCAGAGGCAUCAAUCUUCAGAAAGUUCGCUCGGGACCCUGUCAGGCUAGAGACAAGUGCCAAGAGGAGUGUAAGUUCAACGCAGUAUGCCUCAACCGAAGGGGCAUUGCCCACUGCUCCUGUGAUCGCAUCAUUUGUGACGGAGCCUACAAGCCCGUGUGUGGUCAGGACAACCAAAGCUACAACAAUGACUGCGAGCGCAAGCAGGCCGAAUGUCAGCAGAGAGCCUUCAUUCCAGUCAAAUAUCAGGGUCCUUGCGACCUUAACACUCUAAGCCCCUGCCUGAACGUUGAUUGUGAUUUUGGGGCCAAAUGCAUUGUGAAGAAUAACAAACCUGUGUGUGAGUGCCAGCAGACUUGCCAGAAUGUGUAUGAACCUGUGUGCGGCAAUGAUGAACAUAUCUAUGGCAGUCAGUGCGAGUUGGAGUCCAUGGCCUGUGUUUUGAAAAAGCACAUCACCAUCAAACACAAGGGUCCUUGUGAUCGCUGUGGAAACUGCCAAUUUGGUGCCAUUUGUGAGGCAGAGACAGGAAAGUGUCUUUGCCCUACGGAAUGUGUUGGCUCCGAGCAGCUGGUGUGCGGCACAGACGGCAGGACGUACAAGAAUGAAUGCGAGCUGCAUGUGCAGUCCUGUAUCAAGCAAGCAGAUAUCGAAGUAGCAUCCCAGGGAGAGUGCAAGCAAUGUGGCUCCACCAUCUGUUUGUUUGGAGCAAAGUGCGUUGACGGCCAAUGUGUCUGCCCUCGGUGUGAGAACCAACCCAUCUCAUCAGUCUGCGGGAGCGAUGGGAUCACAUACCUGCACCUGUGUGAACUGCAAACUGCCUCCUGCCAACAGAAGAAGAAAAUUGAGGUUGUAGAAGAGGGUCCUUGUGAUGAUGAAUGUGGUUCUGGAGGGUCUGGAUCAGGUGAGGAUAACGAAUGCGAGCAAGAGCGAUGCCGGAAGUAUGGAGGAGUGUGGGAUGAGGACACGGAAGAUGACCGAUGUGUUUGCGAAUUCUUCUGUCACAGCGUCCCUCAGAAUCCAGUCUGUGGGUCAGACGGGUUAACCUAUGGCAAUGAGUGCGAACUGAGGAUGACACGUUGUGUACAACAAAAGGACCUCCAUGUCAUCAUGCCUAGCCCCUGUGAGGCUGCAAUUCUGCCAUCUGCCCCACAACAACACUGCAGCAAAUCGGUCUACGGCUGUUGUCUUGAUAACGUAACCGCUGCCCAAGGAGUCGGCCUUGCAGGUUGUCCAAGCACCUGUCGGUGUAAUAAGUAUGGGGCAUAUGGUGGAACGUGUAGCCCCAGCACUGGUCAGUGUUCCUGUAAGCCCGGUGUGGGUGGCCUGAUAUGUGACCGUUGUGAGCCUGGCUUCUGGAAUUUCCGUGGUAUCGUCACAGAUGAGAAAAGCGGAUGCACUCCUUGCAAUUGUGAUUCUGUUGGGGCCAUUCGGGAUGACUGUGAGCAGAUGACUGGCCUGUGCUCCUGUAAAGCAGGCAUCACUGGAAUGAAGUGCAAUCAGUGUCCUGAUGGAAGUAAAUUGGGUCAAAAUGGCUGUGAUGAAGAUCCAUCUGUUUCCAAAUCAUGCGCUGACCUUCAGUGCCAGUAUGGAGCGACUUGUGUGGAGAGUAUUGGACGAACUUAUUGUGAGUGUCCCCCUCCUCUUUGUCCAGAGAGUAAAAAGUCUAAGGUUUGUGGCUCUGAUGGCAUAACCUACGCAAACGAGUGCCAGCUCAAAUCUAUUGUGUGCCGCCAAGGCAUAGAGAUUGCAAUUGCAUACCAGGGGUCUUGUCGAGGAACUCCAUCGAGGCCAACCAUUCCUCCUACCACAGUCUAUCCUCAGACAACCAAAUGGUCGAAAAUGUCCUCCUCAACAGUCACAUCUUCGACAAGGGAAGAAAUCAUACCAACAGCACGGGUUGAAAAGAAGGAUUCGCCAGUUGUUGAAGCCAUGCUCCCUCCCAGAUCCACAGCAUGGCCUACACAUACCACAAGAUCACAUGUCCGAUCCAAGUCAACCAUGAUAACCAGGCAUCCUUUUGUCACUGCCUACCCCACCACUGCCCAGCCUACAACACCCGUCAUUCCAUCUGAACCCCCUGAUCAGUCAGGCAGUGGGGAUUUCAGUGGGGAUACAGAUCUUGAAGCAAGUGGUGACCUAGAAGCAAGUGGAGUAGAGCCUAUGGGUUCCAAUGAGUCAAUAGAUGCUCCAGCGCCAGUCUCGAUUGAAAGGUCCUCGUGUGAUAACACCGAGUUCGGCUGUUGCCCUGAUGGAAAAACACCAUCUGUGGAUGGUGAGGGAGGCAACUGUCCACCUACUAAAGUGUUCCAAGGAGUUCUCAUUUUGGAAGAGGUCGAGGGUCAAGAACUUUUUUACACACCGGAGAUGGAUGAUCCUAAGUCGGAGCUAUUUGGUGAAACAGCCAGAAGUAUUGAAAGCGCUCUGGAAGAACUCUUGGGGAACUCAAACGUCAAGAAGGAUUUUAAGAGUGUCCGAGUCCGUGGUCUGGGAGCAAGCAAAUCCGUGCGUGCCAUUGUUGAAGUCCACUUUGAUCCAAGAACAAUUUACACUUCCCGUGACGUACAAAGGGCUUUACUUCAGCAAGUAAGGCUCUCCAAGAAGAAAUCUAUUAUUGUGAAGAAACCAGAACAGGACAACAUCAAAAUCGUCGACUUUGAUUGGGCGCCAGUGCUGUUUACAACAACCAGCACGACCACAGCAGCCACAACAAUCCCAGUCACCACUGCUUCCACGCUGGUCACCCUCCCGCUGACAAUUACCAGGCGGCCCUUCUCUACCACUAGACGGCCUAAAACCCACCCACAGGUUAAGGGGCUUUCCACUACACCCACAACCACGGCAAAGGCAGCCACCACCAGGAGGCCCCAUUACUCCAAGGAUAUUCAUGCCGAACUGCCAGAUGUGUUACCCAAGCCUUGUGAUUUCCACCCUUGUCUCCAUGGAGGUACCUGUGAAGAUGACGGGAAGGAUUACACUUGCAGUUGCCCAGCCGGCAGGGGAGGAGCUGUCUGUGAGCAAACAAUUGUGUAUCAUUUACCCGAGUUUGGUGGUAAGUCUUACCUGGCAUUUAAGACUAUGAAGGCUUACUACACAGUGCGUAUCAGUCUAGAAUUCCGUGCCUCUGACCUGGAUGGCUUACUGUUGUACAAUGGACAGAAGAAAGGCAAAGAUUUCAUCUCUCUAGCCCUUGUAAGGGGCCAUGUGGAGCUAAGAUUCAACACUGGCUCUGGAACUGGCAUCAUCAUCAGUAAGACACGCAUAGAACCUGGGAAAUGGCACCAAGUGGUCGUGAAUCGCAACCGGCGCAGUGGAAUGCUGUCGGUGGAUGGUGAGCCGCAUGUGAUCGGGGAAAGUCCUGCUGGAACAGAUGGACUAAAUCUGGACACAGACCUAUUCCUGGGAGGAGCACCAGAGGAUGAAAUGGCACUCGUUACAGAGAGAACAGCAGCAACCAAAGGGCUCAAGGGCUGCAUCCGACUUCUCGAUGUCAAUAAUCUGGUCUAUGUCCUCGAGGAAACGGGCAGUGAUGUCUUGUAUGGCAGUGGGGUUGGAGAGUGCGGAAAUAACCCCUGUCAACCCAACCCCUGUAAGAAUUAUGGCAAGUGCCGUGCAAAGGAGGCAGAGAUGUUCCACUGUGAAUGUGUCAGUGGGUUUUCAGGACCAACUUGUGCAGAUGAGCACAACCCAUGUGACCCCAACCCAUGCCAUCCGUCAGCCAAAUGCUUGGUGCUACCUGAAGGUGGGGCAAAGUGCGAAUGUCCGAUGGGGCGCGAGGGAGAGUUCUGUGAAAGAGAAGCUGAGCAGAGCCAGGCCACUGCCUUCAUCCCAGAGUUCAAUGGACUUUCGUACCUCGAAAUGAAUGGAAUCCAUACGUUUGUCAGCGACUUGCUUCAGAAGCUGUCCAUGGAGGUGGUCUUCUUGGCAAUGGAUCGCAAUGGAAUGAUAUUUUACAAUGGGCAAAAGACAGAUGGGCGUGGAGACUUUGUUUGCUUAAACCUGCGUGAUGGUUACUUAGAGUUUAAAUAUGACCUUGGUAAAGGACCAGCAGUAAUCAGGAGUAAGGAACGCAUCCCACUGAAUGUUUGGAACGUGGUUACUGUCGAAAGAAAUGGACGUAAAGGAUUAAUGACCAUUAAUAAGGGUGAACCCAUCACUGGUGAAUCUCCGACCCCACACACAGCACUGAACCUCAAGGAGACCUUGUAUGUGGGCGGAGCACCGGAUUUCAAUAAAUUUGCCCGUGCAGCUGCAAUCACCUCUGGAUUUAAUGGAGCAAUUCAGAAGCUUUCAAUAAAAUCUGUUCCACUCCUUAAAAAAGAAAACAUCAGAAAGGCCAUGGAAAUCUCCAAUUACCGCUCACACCCCUGUACAGCAAGGCGGAAUCCAUGCCUCAAUGCUGGAAUCUGCAGCCCAAGGCUCGGGGAAUAUGAUUGCAUGUGCCAGCGUGGGUUUUCAGGAUCACAGUGUGAGAAAGCACUUGAAGAGAAGUCAGCAGGUGAAAGUGAAUCUAUAGCUUUUAAUGGACGGACGUUCAUAGAAUAUCACAAUUCAGUAACAAGGAGUGAAAAAGCGAUACAAGUUAAUUACUUUGAACUAAGCAUCAAAACCGAAGCAACACAGGGACUGAUUCUGUGGAGUGGGAAAAUUGCUGAGAAAUCUGACUACAUUGCACUGGCUGUAGUUGAUGGGUAUGUGCAGAUGACCUAUGACCUUGGAUCUAAACCAGUCAUACUCCAGUCUACGAUUCCAGUCAACACAAAUCAGUGGGUUAGGAUUAAAGCUAACAGAAUACACAGAUAUGGGACUCUUCAAGUGGGAAAUGAAGCCCCUGUAACUGGGUCUUCUCCUUUUGGUGCCACACAGCUGGAUACCGAUGGAGCACUCUGGCUUGGUGGAAUUGAGAAACUAGCACUUGGAAAUAGAUUGCCAAAGGCCUACAGCACUGGUUUCAUAGGCUGCAUAAAGAAUGUAAUCAUUGAUCGUCAGGAACUACAGCUAGUAGAAGACGCCUUGAAUAAUCCCACUAUAUUACAUUGUCCAGCCAAAUAAUGAACAGGCCAUGCCUAUUGCUGUAAUUAUUUUCUAUUUUUGUAUACUUUUAUUGCUUUUUAUAUUGAAAGUGUUUUUUUGCAGUAUAUCAAGCUGAUCUCACAAGCGAACCAAACGAUCAAAAUGUCCUACGCUACAAUUACACUGUACACAGUUAAUUCAGUCAUACUUGAACCUGUGAAAUUUGGUGCUGGUGUUACCUGCUGCCUUCUUUGAAUCAUUUUGCUUCACAAUCUUAAGAACUUGUGGUUAGGCUCUUCUUAUUUAUGGCAACUGGAAGAGUUGAACGCUAUGGUAUUUGCAACCUCCAGACUGAAUAUGACUACUCAGAUUUGGGACCCUUUACAUCAAAUUUUUUGACACAAUGAAGCUCCAGUCUCUUUGUUUCUAUGCUUUUAAUAAUUUGUGUUGUUCAUGUUUGAUUAUGUGACUUCUUCAAGAGUUAAAUAUAUUGCAAUACUGAGCUAGCCAACACAAGUGGUGUUUUGGGAAAAUGCUGUAUCCCUUUCAUAGAAGAUGAGAAAUCAUUAAACAAAAGGAUGUAAAGAGAUAUGUCUACAUCUCUUUUUUAAAUACAUCCGCUCUCAGUUUUGCAAAAUCAAAGUGGCACACUUUCAAAUUACUCUGGAUUUUUCACAGUUCUAAGUAGUUUUAAUUUUAAAAAAAUCUUUAUUUCACAGUACAAUCUCAAAGGCAAAUGCUUUUCAGUCAUCCAAGUUAAGAUAUUUUUGUUUGAGAUCAAGAAGAAAUAAAACUAAGCCUUUGAUUAUUUUGUAGUAUCAAGAAGAAAAACGACAUCAUUUAGAUAAGAUCUACUAAUGCAAUAUUUAACUAUUAUUUUUUUCAAUAUUAUCGGAGCAGCUUGCUCCUCUCUCCAUCAAGAAAAAGCUUUCUUUUUCCAAAUGACAGUGUUCCUUCAGCCUGUGCAUAAGAGAUGACCUAUGGUUCUGUGCUGAGAUCCUACAGACUGAAGGAAACCUUUACUGCAUUUCAUUAACAAACACUUGAAACUAGAUGUGGAAUCAAACUGAUAUCAUUUCCUGAAUUUGCUAUUCCAUUUGUCAAUAUUUUUAUAUGUAAAGCCUCAAACUGUGUAGAUGUUACAUUUUACCAGCUGCAGAAAUAAAUUCCCACUUUUGUUGC